CCUUAAAAACAAAAAGAGCUAUAGUGAGUUUCUUGGAAGCCACUCUUGAAUCCUUUACAUUAUAUAUAUAUACCUAAAAAUAUGCACAAUUUAAAUAGCACUUCAAUCUUGUGUACAUAAACUCCAUCACAAUAUUAAGAUUCAAGCAAUAACUUCUUCACUUUCACCUUCUCUCUUUUCUUCUUUGCUUGAGUCUUUAUUUUUCCACUCUUCUGUGAUACUUCUUGAUUGAAAAAUAGUCAUGGAAGGAAAAAUCAAUAAGAACAAGGUGGAAAAAGUUGUAUUAGGCUGCACUUUCAUGGGAAAAAUCUUCAAAUUCAAGACCAACAAACUCAGAAAUUCAUCAUCUGUUCAUUCACUACCUAUCAAGACAGUUAACAAUACACAACAAAAAGAAUCAAAAGGGUCGCCAAAUCAUGAGUCAAAAGUUCCAACUGAGACUCAAGCAAGAAAAAGCAUCACUUUUUCUCACACACCUACAGAUUCUGCAAGAAGCUCAAUUCAACAGAAAGAGCCUAAUGGUAAUUCCUUAGGACUUGCAAGAAUAAGUACUAGUAGUACUACUACUACUAUUCGUCCGCGAGACAGUGAAACCAAGUCCCCUAGCAAAGAUUUGAGCACACCAAAACUCACUGGGAAUUUGCUUAUGAAUAGUAGCUAUAGCAGCCCAAGAACAAGUGUUACAAGGAAUAAUAAAGAGUUGAAUUCUGUGUCAUGUUCUGUGAAUAACAGUGUAAUGGGGAAUAUAAUGAGGAAAAGUGGUGAUGGUGUGUCACAAUUUCGAAGUCCUAGAAGCAACAGAAUACUAGACCCUGAGGUGUUGAAAUCAAUGGGAAAUGAAGCAUACAAACAAGGAAGAUUUUCUGAGGCUUUGGCUUUGUAUGAACGAGCUAUUGCUAUUGAUUCCAAUAAGGCAACUUAUCAUUGUAACAAGAGUGCUGCUUUGAUUGGUUUGGGAAGGUUUCAGCAUGCAAUUGUUGAGUGUGAGGAAGCUAUUAGGAUUGACCCUUCUUAUCCUAGAGCUCAUAGCCGUUUGGCGACAAUAUACUUCAGGUUGGGAGAAGCAGAAAAGGCAUUGAACUGCAAUAAAGAAACUCCGUACUUUGAUUCGGAACUUGAUUUCCAAGCUCAGGCUCUUCAAGUUCACUUUAACAAAUGCAGUGAGGCCAGGAAAGUCAAGGAUUGGAAAGUUAUAUUGAAGGAAACACAGUCUGCAAUAUCCUUAGGUGUGGAUUCAGCUCCAAAGGUCUAUGCUUUACAAACUGAAGCCUUGUUGAAGCUCCUAAGACAGCAAGAAGCAUAUACAAUUUACGAGAAAAUGCCAAAAUUUGACCUUGAUUGGUGUAACAAAUUAUUUGGACCAGUUUCUAGUGCUUACCUUCUGAUGAUAGGAGCACAAGUUUACUUGGCAGCCGGCAGGUUUGAGGAUGCCGUGACAGCAUCACAGAAAGCGGCUAAACUUGAUCCAAGCAACACCGAUGUGAAUGUAGUGGUAAGAAGGGCAAGAGCCGCGACAUCUGCCAGAUUGAGUGGUAACUUGCUCUUCAAGGCAUCAAAGUUCACGGAAGCAUGUGCGGUAUACAAUGAAGGACUAGAGUAUGAUCCAUUCAACUCAGUUCUGUUAUGUAACAGAGCAGCUUGUCGUUCUAAGCUCGGCCAAUUUGAGAAAGCAAUUGAAGACUGCAAUGUAGCUCUUACAGUUCAGCCUAAUUAUAGCAAGGCAAUGUUGCGGCGAGCUGAUUGCAAUGCUAAGUUGGAAAGAUGGGAAGCUGCAAUUCAAGACUAUGAAAUGUUGAUAAGAGAAAAGCCAGGCGAUGAGGAGGUUGCUAGGGCUUUGUUUGAAAUCCAACUAAAACUCAAAAUGCUACGCGGCGAAGAUGUUAAGGACUUGAAAUUUGGUUCAAAUUUGGUUUGCAUCUCAAGUAAUGAUAGGUUUAGACAUUAUGUAACUUCACCUGGUAUGUCUGUGGUGCUCUUUUGCAACAAGGCAACUCAUAAGCAAGUAGUAUUGGUGUUGGAGCAAACUUGCAAGAGAUUUCCAUCAGUUAAUUUCCUUAAGGUGGAGAUUGAGGACCACCCUUACUUGGUAAAAUCAGAAAGUGUGAACUCUGUCCCAGCUUUCAAAAUAUACAAGAAUGGAUCAAGGGUUAAAGAAAUUCCUGGCAAAAACCAUGAAAUGUUAGAAAGAUCAGUUAAAUUAUAUAGCAGCUGAAGAUAUUUACAUUUAUUUCUACAAAUGAAAACAUACACUGCAAGAAACAAGAAAGAAUGUUAGAUUUUUCAGAAUGAAAUGGAAAUGAAGAAAACCCAAAAUAAACCAAGGUAAACAUGCUUACAAGGCCAUGGAAAGUUGAAACCAAAGAGAAUGUAUAGCAUUGGUGUAGCUUUUAGGGAAGUUUAUAGGAAAAGGAAAAUUUUGUGUGUUAAUAAUUGAUUCUUUUAAUCCUUUGAAUGCUUGAUUAGGCUUUAGUUCUUUAUACCCUAUAUAUCAUGUAAUGCACAUUGGUUCGGGAAACUGAACACUUUUUUUUUUAUAUAUUUAUAAGUUAUAUUUUAGAGGAGUGAUUUUAAAUUAUUAAUGUAAUCAAAGGAACACAAUUGCUGGAAA